AUGGAGUUGAACGUCAGUGAGAGCAGCGGCUACCUGCAACAGCGAUGGGACGAUUUCUUGGACGUCGUCGGGGACGAUCCUGAGAUGCUGUACGUUUGGGGCCUAUCGAUUUACGUCCACAGCCUCUACUGGGUUUUGGGAUCGUUCUUCGUGUUCAUGGAUCUCUUCCAGUGGCCCGCUCGGCUACGGAAGUACAAGAAUCAACCGGGAAUCAAUGAACCCCUCAAGUGGUCGGACCUUCGCAAGAUCAUUCGUACGGUGCUGAUAAACCAGCUUCUACUGAGCGUUCCAAUAACGCUGUUCGGCUUCCGUGCCUUGGUGGCCAGCGGAACACCGAUGGAAGUACGCACCCUCCCAACGCUGUACGAGCUGGUGCGUGAUCUGGCCAUAGCGGCCGCCGGCUGGGAGCUUGGGUUCUACUAUAGCCACCGAUUGCUUCACUCCAAGCACCUCUACCGGUUGAUCCACAAGCAGCACCACGAGUUCACGGCACCGGUCGCCUGGGCGGCCAUCUACGCGCAUCCGAUCGAGCACGUGUUCGGCAAUCUGCUUCCCCCGCUGCUGGGGCCCCAGCUGAUGCGCAGCCACGUCCUGACCACCGCGAUCUGGCUGACGUUCGUCAUACAGGACACGAUCACCGGCCAUUCCGGGUAUCAUGUGCCGUUCCUCAGCAGCAACGAGGCGCACGACUACCAUCACAUGAAAUUCAACCAGUGCUACGGUGUGUUCGGUUGGCUCGAUUGGCUACACGGUACCGACUCACAGUUCCGGUCGUCCCGAUUCUACCAGCGCCACCAGAUGUUGCUGAGCAGCAAAUCGGCUCGCGAAGUGGUGCCGGACGACAAGAAACAGCACCACAAGAAGAAGAUGAAGUAG